UUUGUAACAAAAUUAUGAAGAAGAAACAUAUCCCCUCAUAUAGCAAGCAAACACAAGGCCAAGGGACAACAACAACAACAAAUGAUCAUCAACUAAGUUUAGUAACACAAGAUGAAAGUUUGCUAACAAAAUGUUUCAUAGGGAAGAGUAUAAUUGGAGGGCCUUCUUGGUUAGGGUUAAUGAAGAAGGCUUUUAGAUCACCUAUCAAAGAGAAUGAUAUCAAAAGUAUUAGAAGAAGAGAAGAAGCUCAUGACCAAGAAGAAGAAGAAAAGAAGAGGGGGAAACGACGAUGGAUCUUCCGAAAACCUACUGUUCACGAAACAACAUUAAUUCAUCACAAUCACGAUCAAGAAAAUGCAGCUACAACAAGCAAAGGAAAUUUGGCUACAAAUUUUUUGCCAAAAAAUGCUGAUUUGAAGCAAAAAGGAGCAAUUGGAGUAGCUAUGACUAGGGGCGGAUCUAGCUUAUCAGCAACUAUAGACAUCACUCAGCUCACACAACCUCCUAUUUUAGUUAAACAACAAUGUGCCAUCCUUGUCAUUCAGACAACAUUCAGAGGGUACUUGGCAAGAAAAGCACUUGGAGCGCUCAAGGGUGUCGUAAAGUUGCAAGCUCUAAUAAGAGGCCAUAAUGUUCGAAAACGAGCGCAAAUUACCCUCCAAUGCAUGCAAUCUCUUGUUCGCGUGCAAACUCAGGUGUGUGAUCAACGUAGAAGGUUAUCUUGUGAAGGAAUUAAUUGUGGUUCAAUGUUCAAAGAGCCAAAAAGCAUUUUAGAGCUUCAUAUCAAUGAUAAGGAGUCCAAUUCUAUAAAUCAAGCUAGUAUUCCGGAUAACGAUGGUUAUGAUCAUUUACAUGCCCUAGAAAAAAUUGAAGCUUUGUUACACAAAGCAAAGGCAGCUGCUAAAAAGCGCGAAAAUACUCUUGCUCAUGCAUUCUCUCGAAAGAUGUGGACCUCGAAUAAGGAUGAAGAUUCAAGUAGCAAUACAGAACUUGACGAGGGUUUGAGAGUUUUUGACCUAAUAGAUGAAAAGAAUCGCAAAAGUACUAGUAGAGCUUCAUGCGAUCAACCAAGAGAUCGCAUAAAGAACAUUGAAAUUGACACGGCUUGUUCUUACUCUGACUCGGACACUGAGUUUCGGAGAUUACACCAUCAAUACUAUCACGACCAUCAACAAAAGCUCUAUUCAUCGUAUGUAGUCCCUUCUCCUCUCUCCCAUAGAGCGAAUAUCAACGCCUUGCCCAUGACACCACCGUUAAAGAUGAAAAAUAUCCAAGUUCACUCUGCUAGUCCUCGCUACAGAAGGGAAGAGAACAACCAUCACCGAAUGGCUCUUCUCUCCCAUAGAGUGAAUGUUAACUCUUCACCUACAGCAGUUGAUCAGCCAAGUUACAUGGCUGCUACGGCAUCAGCUAGGGCUCGAGAACGGUCACAAAGCACUCCAAGACAGAUACCGAUGACUCCAGAAAGAGAAAGAACAAGUGCAACAAAGAAACGUCUAUCUUUCCCUAUUCAAUGAGAGACAUUGUUAACUUAUUAUAUCGGUUAGCACUAGAUAGAAAACGCGUACAACUGUACAUGGAUCAUUAAUCCGAUAGACAUUAUUA